ACAAGAAGCAAACCGGCGACUCAGCAGACUACAACACCAAGAACAGCUCCAGCCAUGAUCCGCAGAGGGGCCCAGCUCACAGUGCGCCUCCCGAGGCAGGCAAGAGGCGUAGCAGAUAUCAUGAUCUCCCGGACUGGCAAGACCAUCAUGCGGCAUGGCCCCGGAGGCAGGUCCUCCAGCAAUGGACACACCGCCACCGUGUUCGGUGCAACAGGCUUUCUCGGCCGCUAUCUCGUCGCACAACUUGCAAAACAAGGCACGACCGUCGUUGUGCCCUUCCGCGACGACUUCUCCAAGCGGCAUCUUAAGGUGAAUGGCGACCUCGGCCAGGUGGUCAUGAUGGAAUUUGACUUGCGCAACCGCAAGAGUGUUGAAGACAGCGUCAAGCACUCCGACGUAGUCUACAACCUCAUCGGCCGCGAUUGGGAGACCAAGAACUGGACAUUCGAGCAAUUGCACGGACAAGGUACCGAGCGUAUUGCAGAAGCUUGUGCCAAGUACAACUCCUCCUCUGGCUUCCUUCGCACCAAAGCACUCGCAGAAAAGGUGGCUCGUGAUAUCUACCCAGAAACAACCAUCGUACGGCCGUCCGUCAUCUACGGCUUGGAGGAUCGCUUCUUGAACUAUCUUGCAACUGCCAAGACCUUGCUUACAGGAAACCACAUGCAAGAAAUCGUCUAUCCAACCUUUGUCCGCGAUGUAGCGCGUGCAUUGGAGCACAUGAUGCACGACGACUCUACGGCCGGACAGCUCUAUGAGUUGCACCAGAAAGCGCCCAUGACCGUUGCUGAGAUCACUGAGAAGAUCUCUGAAAUCACACUGAAGAAGCCCCGUCACUACAACGUGCCAAAAGUCGUGCUUCAAACAGCAUCCAAGGUGCUCGACAAGGCGCUUUGGUGGAAUGUCCUGUCGGCUGACCAGGUGGAGAGACAGUUCAUCAACGAGAAGCUGACUCCGGGUGCCAAGGGCUAUAGCGAUCUCGGCAUCCAGGAGCAACAGCUCGAUGCACAGACGAUGCAAUGGCUCAAGAUGUACCGCUCAAACACAUACUAUGAUCUGCCUGUCAACCCGAACGACGGCAAAGUCAAGCCUGGAGUCAUCCACGUCACAGAUUAGAGGGCUGUAGUCAUAUUUGCCUUUGUGCCUUUACCUCUAGCUCCAGCCUGUUCCCUUCGUGAAAUUCG